ACUCUCUUCUCCCUCAUUUUCCCUUAAACCCUAAAAUUCCACCACGAUAACAACAAGCUUUCGCCAUCGUUCAUCCUUGAAACAACAAAAACUAAACUUCAUCUUCACUCCCACACAACCAUUAAACCGACCCCCUCGAAUAAACACAACAUAAGUUUUGUUCCUCCAUCAACAAAGUUUCGUUCUCUCUCCGUCGUAGUUUUCAUUUCCAAGUUCUCAUCUCACAACUAACUCAGGGAUUUAUCAAAGGUAUGACUUUUUCCCGGCUAUUGCUUUAUGUUUAUGUCUUCAUAUUUUUUUCAGAUUCCCUUCUCACAACAAAUUCUAAGACUUUCUCAAGGUAUGUUUCGAUACCAUUUUGCAGCUACAUCGCUCUCAAAGUUCCCAUUGUUUCAGAAAAAAAUGAAGUUGACCGACAUUCUCACGGAAUGCUUCAGAUCUGACCGUUGGAAGAUAAAAUGUCUUACGGAAAUUUUGAGCAUCCGAGACACGAUUCUCUCGGCUUUCUCCCAAGGAAGCGAGCUGCUCCUCAUCGCGAAAAUGGUUUGAGGAGAAGUGUUAAUGGCGUCCAAACAAGGAGUGAAAUCAAAGCGAUUUGGUUCGAUUGGUACAGAAGCUACGAAUUCGCCUUCUUCGACGACGUCAUCUUCUAAACAGUUUCAGAAAACCUCUAAUGAUGCUCCGAGCUCGCCGGCGUCGUCAUCGGUGAUAAGUAAGUCGUGUCAGUUUUAUCCAGAGACUGUGCCUAUGGAGGCUCUGAAGACUAAAGAAAAUGUUACUGUGACAGUUUGCUUUCGGCCUUUGAAUGAAAUAAUGGGGCAUGAUAUUUUAGAUAUCCAUAAAGGUGAAAAUUUCCCUCAAAGGAUUGUCACCUGUGAGUUCUGUGAGUUUUCGUUGCCAGCAAUUGAUCUAGCAGAGCAUCAGGAAGUAUGUGGGAAUCAAAUAGGGAUGUGUCACCUUUGUAACAAAUAUGUUAGACUACGGGAAAGAUACAUUCAUGAAGUUAAUUGCAACAGACUUGAAGGCAAUGUUGCAGGGUCUUCAAGGGAUGAGAGGCCAGCUGAAAGAGAUGCCGCUUAUGCAAUAUAUAACUUGAAAUGCGGAUUUUAUUUUGCGGAGCGAUCAAAUGCUAUGAGAGCACUAAAGAAUAAUGAAAGAUAUGAAUUAGAAGUAACAUUAUAAUUUGUGCAAUAUCUUCUUUUUAAAAGCUACGUAACUUUUGCAUAUAUUGAUUAGGGGUAUUCUAAGUUUUCCGGCCGAAUGUUAGAGUGUUCUCUAGCAAAUCCACGAGCUAAUCAGAAGGUUGUAGUAUCAAAUUACAGAAUCAACGAUUACUUCCAAGUUAUCCACCACAGCUUGGUUAUGGUCUGCAUUUUAUACUUAUUAUUAAACAUAGCUAACCAUUUUUUCUUUGUAGCCUGAUUUUGUAGCACCAGGUGUUAACAUUCUUGCUGCAUGGACUAGAAAUGACAGAAAAACUACCCUAAAGAGAAAAAACCUCUGUUGUAUAUAUAACCUUGAAUCAGGGACUUCCAUGUCAUGUCCACAUGUUUCAGGCCUUGCAGGAAGCAUUAAAUCUAGAAAUCCCACUUGGAGCGUCUCUCCAAUCAGACCAGCCAUCAUGACUGGUUAGAUUUUUCUUUUUGAUAUAAUAUGUAAUUCUUGACAUGAUAAUAACUUAUCAACUAAUAUAUUUUGAAAGCAGCAACUCAAUUUAUUAAUUUGAAGAAGCAACUCAUAUAUUUUGGUAUACUCUUCAAUUUUCUCACUCUUUGCAAAUGCGUUGCAACCCGUCGGCGUCUCUCCUUGCAUCAUCAACACGAGAUUGAAACAUUUUAGUAUGGAUGUUGCAUGGUGAUGAAUUUCUAGCGGAUUGUGCAGUGUCAAUCUAAAGUGUUAAUUUACUGGCUUUUUGAAAUGUUUAAAGUGUUAAGUUACUGACUUUUUGAAAUGUACAUGUUCGUUUCAGUUUGUGUUUUGGCUUUUGCAAUGUAAUGUGAAUGGAAUUGUUAGUAUGUUUUCGUAGUUA